GGGCCGCGCAGGCGCACGGAGCAGCGAGGGAAGUUCGAAUGGCCGAGAUGGGACCGUGGACAGCGGACUGGACCAAAGACAGCCCCGACUGCCGGGGCUCGGUCCGGCUCAGGGGAGCGACAGGCGCGGCCGCCCUGGCUCUGGCGCGGAGGCUCCGAGAAGCGCUGAACGCCGGCCAGGCUCGGGAGGUGGAAUCGCUGCUGAUGCUCGGGGCUGACCCCAACCUGGUGCUGCCGGAUGGCGUGGCCGCAGUCCACCUGGCGGCGGGGAGCGAGCGGGACAGCGGCCUGCAGUGCCUCGCUGUGUUGCUGCGGCACGGAGCGGACCCCAACGCCCGGUCUGAGGAUGCUCUGACCCCUGUGCAUGUGGCUGCCUCCUGGGGCUGUUCCGAGUGCCUGAAACUCCUUCUGAGGGAAGGAGGCGACCCCGAGCUUCAGGACCAGGAUGGGAAAAGAGCGCUGGACCUCGCCGCGGAGCACGAGAACCAGGCGUGUGUGGAAAUCCUGAGGGAGCGCGCCGGCUCCCAAGGGCUGCUCCCCGGUCCAGCCCUCCGCAGAGAGGAGGAUCAAAGCGCCGGCUUCUCUGCCCCCAAUGGAGAGGAGCUUGACACCAGCAUCUGGGGACUUUCCGAUGUGACUUCUAGCCCGAGGCCUCUGGGCAGCCCAGUCAGAGCCCAGCUGGAUGGCCCCGAGGUGGGGGGUGAAGCGGUGGGGGCUGGGCACGCCCUCCCAAGCCAGGCUCUCCCAGCCCAUCCUCAGCCCUCAAAGGGAAAAGGGCUUGGGGUGGAUAAACUCUCUGGAUCUGACUUCCGCUUCCCUGCCCCCCUCUUUCCCCAGCCCACUUCCUCACUUUCCCCAGCUCCUGCCCUGGGCUCUCUGCCCCCCUUGGGCCUGGAGGACAAACCCCCAGACCACAGCUGCCUCUCUCCCCCAGACCCUCCCUGUGAAGAUCAAGAUGAGACGCUGUCCAGCUCCCUCCCUGCUGCUAGGGACACUUCCUCCCCUGACUCCUUCCUCACUGCCGUGGAAGCCUUUGAGCCCGAUGGCCACGGACCCGAUGCUGUCCCGCCCACCCCCUCCGGCCCGGAUACCAUUGUGGCUGCGCCAUCUCGGCCCAGGGAGAGGAGGAGUGGGUCCCAGCCGGGCAGCACAGAGAGCAGGGCUCCCCAGACAUCAGGGCCCCCCAGGAGGGAGCUGCUUUAUACAGCCCUGAGGGCUGAGCUCAGGGCCAUGGCACUGAGUGCCGAGCCCUCCCAGCCCACUCUAGAGCGCCUGCUGCCAGCCAGGGUGGACCCUGUGAGCCAGCUAAAUGCCCGGCUGAGGGGACUGGUUCUGGGUUCUCCCCCAGAGCCCCAAGAGUUGGUCACUACUGGGACUUCCUACGAGCUUCAGGGCUGGGUCUCCCACAAUGGCGAAAGCUACAGGUCCUCCUUUUCUGACCAGAGAGUGAAACAGGGCCCACCCCCGAAGGUGCUGCCAGGAAGGGGUGGCCCAGGCUCCCUGAACAAUGAGACUCCCAGGCAAGGGAAGCCCCCAACUCUGGGCAGGUUAGAAGAGGCCGGAGCGAGUCCCCUCCCUCCCCAGACUGACCACUCGGUAGCAUUCCCUGGAGACGACCCAUUUAGUGAGUUCCUGACCGAUGACAAGACUUCCCAGAGCAGUGAGGAUAUGGAUGGGGCCAGUGUGUGGCUGACAGAGGAUGGGGAAGAGGAAGAUGACCGCAUCCCCAGAAGCUACAGGACCAGCUCCUGCCAGAAUCGCAUCGGGAAGCCUCCAGAGGCCCCUAGUCUAACCCUGUAUCCUCGACUGCUCCCUGUGGGACGCUCCCCGCAGCCUUCUGGACCAGAACCUCUGCGUGCUGGGUCCAAACCCGGGCCCAGCUUCCUGGACCAGCGUCCACCACGUGUUGAGGACACAGACACGGAUAGGCAAUGUGGCUGUCAUCCAGCCCUACCCUUCCCAGCACGAGGCCCUUCCACCCUGUCCAACCAGGAGCAGUCACAGCAGCGGCAGGCCCUUGGGGAGAGCCCAGGCCCGGGUCCCGCCUUCCCAGGACAAUACCACCUCAAGCGACUGAAGGAGGGGAGCCCUGGGGGGCCAGCUGCAGGAUACAGCCGUGAGCUGACUCUGGCCCUGCAGACGGGCUGUGUGCCUAAUGCCCAGGAUGAUGAGGAUGUCCUGGCUCAGCAGUUCGACCAGCCAGACCCAACCCAGAGGUGGCGUGAGGGGACCGUGAAGUCAAGUUUCACCUACCUGCUGCUGGACCCCAGGGUGACCCAGAACCUACCCUCCCAGUGUCACAUCCUGAGCCCAGCUGAAUGCUUCCAGACCUUUAUACGAGCCAUCUUCUACGUGGGUAAAGGCACUCGGACGCGGCCAUACUCCCACCUGUCCGAGGCCCUGCGCCACCGCCGGGACCGGCAGAAGCAGACUUGCCCCAAGGUGGAGCGCAUCCUGGACAUUUGGGCAAGUGGCCACGGGGUGGUCUCCCUGCACUGCUUCCAGAAUGUUGUGGCGGUGGAAGCCUAUACGCGGGAGGCGUGUCUGGUGGACGCCCUUGGGACGCAGGUGCUCUCUAAUCAGAAGAAGGGCCACUACUACGGGGUGGCGGCGAGCUGGCCGGCUCCACGGCGCAGACGGCUGGGCGUGCACCUGCUGCACCGCGCGUUGGCCAUCUUCCUGGCGGAGGGGGAGAGGCAGCUCCGGCCCCCGGACAUCCAGGCUGGCACCUGAGGAGCAUCAACCUCGGGCUGCUGAAACUGGGCCGUGAAUGGCUCCGUCUCUCCCCGGCACCCAGGUCAGACCCCGAGUGGGGAUGGCCAGGUUGGACCCCCCCAAGUGGGAACGCCCAGGUCAGACCCUGAGUGGGGACAUCCAGGUCGGACCCCGAGUGGGGACACCCAGGUCAGACCCGAGUGGGGACACCCAGGUCGGACCCCGAGUGGGGACACCCAGGUCGGACCCCGAGUGGGGACACCCAGGUCGGACCCCGAGUGGGGACACCCAGGUCGGACCCCGAGUGGGGACACCCAGGUCGGACCCCGAGUGGGGACACCCAGGUCGGACCCCGAGUGGGGAUGGCCAGGUUGGACCCCCCCAAGUGGGAAUGCCCAGGUCAGACCGAGUGGGAACACCCAGGUCGGACCCCGAGUGGGGACGGCCAGGUCGGACCCCGAGUGGGGACACCCAGGUCAGACCCUGAGUGGGCAGACCCUGAGUGGGCAGACCCUGAGUGGCCCUCAGACAAGGAGGCUGGCUCUGCGGGUCUGCCGGGGACACUUGAGCUCCUCUCCAGUGUUCACUGAGACGGUCACCAGCCCUGUGCAGCCACGUGGGUUCUGAGUUAUGACUGCUGGGAGCCGCCCAGCGUGGCUCUGCUCGGCCUACAGCGGGGGGGUCAGUUCUGACGAAUUCAGCAGCCCCGUUUCUAGGCCUUCAGCCGCAGCUGGGAGCAGCCAGUGACGUUCUUGGCUGGCGGUCCCAUUUCUUUCUCUGUGGGACAGCUACCUCUAUAAUCAGUGGGGUCAAAGGCUCUCUCCCAGGAAAAUGGCGCACUGGCUAGCUUCCCGCCCGGUUCCUGGCUCUGGGGAUACAGGGCCCAGGACUUCCAGCUGUCAGUGCUGUUAGUGGCCAAGGGGUUUUCAACAAAGCCUUGUGACAUGGAUGAUGGAGGCCUUAGCCGUAGAUUCCUAGCAUACCAACCAUGGGAGGGACCCCACAUUCUCUCCACCUGCUUCCUUUUAUAGGUCAGAAAACAGGCCUACAGGGAGGAAGGGACUCUCAUGCCAUCCUACUUAUAAAUCAAAUAUCAGGGCUGUGACUGGGACCCAGAGAACCUGCCUCCAAGCCCCAGGCUCUUUAGGCCAGGCUGUGAGCCUGCAAGAGGACCCCAUUUACAGAAGCUAGUUUUUUUUCCUUCGAUUUUAGCCACGAAGAACCUUUGUCUCAGAGGUAUUUGCCCAAGAUCACUUCUGGAGCUUCGAAGCGUGCCUUGUUAUUCUUCCCAAAGCCUAGUGAAUGAGCAGGCUGACAAAUGUCCAUCCUGACUCGGUGGGUGAUAGAAAAGUUAGGGACCAUGUCAGAGGGAGUCCAUCAUAAACCAAGCACCUGCUCAUGCAGACAAAGCUCGAGGACCCAGAUGAUCCCCAGCAGGAUCCCACCCAAAGUGGGUGAAGGGUCUUCCCAAUAGCAUCUCCUUAAGGUGAACUUUCUCCCAUCAGGGUCUUAACUUGAGGUCUAUGGAACCUCUUCCCUUAUUUUUGGAGGCCUGUGGCGUUCCAUCUAAUCCCAAUAGCAUCUCCUUAAGGUAAACCUUCUCUCACCAGGGUCUUAACCUGAGGUCUAUGGAACCCCUUUUCCCUUUCUUUUGGAGACCCAGGACCACACAGCUACUGUCUGUCUGAGGUGUUCUCGGGCUGGCAUUCUAUCCAGCUGCCCCCCUCUGUGAACUUUUUUAAAAAUGUACUAAUUUGAUAAUUAUUUCAAUCUAAUAAUUGAUUAUUAUUUUCCUUUGUAA